AUGUCCCUGGAAUGGGCGAUUGAAGCGCCUACGACAAAUGCGGGCGUAAAGCUCAAUACUAGUAGUAUACAAAGAGAGAUAAGAAGCGACAUGUGCCUCACGACCGUAGUUGAGAACCUGGAGAGAGAAGUCUCUGCGGCUGAUUUUCUCCACGUGAAUGGUGCACGGACCAAUAGUUUAAUUCUAAAUCUGGUCUCGUUAGCUCGGAGGUCUUGGCAAAAAAGAGUCCCAGGCUACCUCAAAAUCGACCAUGAGCGGGCCCUUAACAGCAGUCUCAGACUACACAUUUCUAUCACCAUGUCAACUAUAUCGCCUCGUCCUUCUAUAACAUCUGCUCGAACCCCUACACCGACUGGAUCCCGUCGGCCGUCUCUCGAAGCCAGCAGCUUGGCCACAAGCAACACAUCAACCCCAACUGCCAAAGCAUCUCCAUCUCUUGCGCACCGGAAAAACCGAGCUGCGUUACGGGACUACUACAAUCUCCGACCUGCCCACCCUGAGCCACCUCAUUCCAACAAUUCUCAAUCUCGAAGCGUCUCCCCUAGCCUCAGUUCUCGCGCUUCAGCAACCCACCCAGCCCCCGUCGAAGCGCAUGCCGAACUCGACAGCCCCAACUUCGAUCCGUCCGCUUACAUCACCCAUUUACUCUCAACCUCCUCCCUCUCAACUAUUCUCAAAGCAGAGAAUUCAUUAAUAAGUGAUAUCCGAACGCUCGAUGGCGAACGUAAAGCGCUUGUAUACGAUAACUAUUCCAAACUGAUAAAGGCGGUGGAAACCAUCGGGAAGAUGCGCGCUAGUAUCGACGAAAGAGGCCAGCCUGUUAUCAUGACGAAGACGCUGGGCCCGGCAGUUGGAUUUGUGGCGGAAACCGCAGCGGCACUGAGUCAGGAGCAGGAGGAAUUUCGGCGGGAGCGGGUCGCUCAGAAGCAGCCAGGCAACCUGGAUCGAGAGAGGGAGACUGUGAGAUGGGUUCUCGCGAGCCCUAAGCGGCUUAAAAAACUGUUGGAUGAUGGCAAAGGAGAAGAAGCGGAUAGAGACUGGAAGGAGGUAGAAAGACUGCUUGCGAAGUGGAAAGCGGUGAAAGGGGUUGAUGAGUUAAGAACGGCGUGUGAGGGAAUUAUGAUGAAAGGAGAAUAG